UCGUGUGUGUAUAAAUUAAAGCGUUCAUUCAUUUAACUAAAAUUACUUAUUGUUUUAGAAUUUUUAUAUUUACUACCUUAAUAAUUAUGUCUAAAUUAGAAUCGGGACCUGAAGCUUCAUCUACAGCUAUUAAAUCUACAAAUCAACGAUCUUUUAUUAAUCGCCUUCAAAAUUCCAACAGCAAUGAUACAUUUAGUUCAAUAUUUUCUGAUGAAUUAACUGAUGAAGAUUUAGUAAAAAGAACAUUUUCCGAACUUUCAAAUUGUAAAAAUAAUGUAAAAAUGAAUAGUAUGCUUUCAUCAUUUAGCGGGCAGUCUUCUCUUGGCAUUCUUGAGCUGGAUAAUAUGUCUGAUAUUGGAAAUACACACAAAAGAGAUACAUUCAAUUUCAACCAUCAUAAUAAAUCAUCGGUCCAACAGCAUUGCUUGAGUCAAGCUGCUCAAAAUGAAAAUACUUUGGCCAGAGCUAGAGCAAAUUCAAGAUUAAAUAUUUUUAAUAAUACUAAAAAAAAUGAUAAUUUUAAAACAUCUUUAACAAACAACACCAAUGCGUUUGAAGAUUUUGUUAGAGUACACAUUGAUAAAUCCAACAGUUCAUUCUCCAGUGAUGAUUUCAUAUCAGGUAAUGAGUUUAAAGAAAAUUUAAAAAAAAUUGAAGAUACCAAUCGCAUAGAAUUCGGAUCAUUAUCUGAAAGUCGUUUUAAUUUUUCUUUGGAAGGGGAAAAACAGUCUGUUGAAAAUGGAUCAUUUGCUGCUAAAUAUUUUGCUGCUAAAAGUGUACCGAUAGAAGACUUAUCUGCAAUUUUUCCAAAAAGGCCAAACAAUAAUGUCACAUUUACCAAAGAAUUAAAAGAAAAGCCUUGUUCUCUUUUAAUUCCAAGUGAUAUCAAAAAUAACUAUAAAGACCAAACACCCGUAGGUUAUAAGACAAUGUCAUCAAUUACAUCAUGGACUGAUAGUCAUGUAUCUAAUAACAUAUUAAACUUAACAAGCUUGUCUGAUAUAUCUGAAGUCUUAACAUCUGACACAAAUUCUGCUAAUCCAAAGGAACUUACCAAAGCUUUGUUAGCAGGAGAUUUGUCUGAUGACAAACCAUUAAAUGAUCUAAAUUAUUUUCUUCCGAGACGAUUUUCUACUUCCACUAGAUUCUCUAAUGCUUCGCCAAAUUUUGAGCAUGCAGAAAUAUCAUUACCAUCCUUAGAAAAUUUUAGUUUUGAUAAUUCAAAAACAAUAUCAAAUAAAAAAAUAUUAGAAUUUAAUGAAAGUAUUAGCUUUAAUGAUAAAGAUGAUAAUGAAAAACAUGAAAAAUGUAUCAAUACUCUAUUUCAACAUAAAAAGAACAACAAUAUGUCUGAACAUUUUGUCAAGAAACAGAGAAAAUUACAUUUGAAUAAUAGUUAUUUUAAUUUGACACCUAAAAGAGGAUAUUUUGAAGAUUGCACAUCAGAAGCAAAAAUAUUAGAAAAUAAUAUCAACCUAUCUAAUUUUUCCAUUUUGACUAAUAAUUAUGAUGAAUUUACUGAAAUGUCAUUGAACAAAUCAGCCAAUGUUUCAAAAAUUAUUCAUUGCAAUGAAACCUUAUGUCAAGAUAAAUUGAAUCAAUCAGUCAUUAAAGAUUACAGAGAAAUUAGUGAAGUACUUGAAAUAGGUGAUACAUGCAUUGGAACUUACUCUCAAGUUGUAAUUACAUUAGAAAAUCAAUUAAAUAUUGAUGCUAAAUAUACAUUAAAUUUAUUAAAUAUAUCACUGAAAUAUAAUGAAAAUAAUACAUUCGAUGAUAAAAAGCCUACUGGAACAAAAGUUGCUACGGUCCUUUGUUCAGAAAAAAUGUGCACUAUAUCAGCUUUUACAGAAGCUUCAUUUACUAUUGGCAUUAUUCCUUUAAUUUCAGGUGUUAUAAAUAUUAAUAUAAAACUUGAAAGUAAUGAUAUAUCUCAAGAAAUUUAUCGAAAUAUACAAAUAAAUUCUAUUGAGCCACAGAUAAUAUGGGUAAAUAACUCGUUUGGUUCCAUAGACUUUGGCUUAUUACCAGAACUGUCACAAAAGUCUCUUCCAAUCAAGUUAUUAAACAAGGGUACAUGCCAAGUUCCUAUAAAAUUUAUUUUAAACCAGGAUCAAAUUGAAGACAUUUUUCAAGCUAAAGCAAUUAUCAAUCCAUCAGAACUGUGGGAAUGUGAUUUAAAUAUUUUAACAUCGAGUUUUUCAACAAAUAACCACAAAAUUAAAUUAAUAACUGGUCGACUUCUAGUAUUUUUAGAUUCUGUUGAAGAUUUAUCGACUAAUUAUUCACCAUUGCUAUACUGUUCUAAUUUAUUAGGACGUGUUUGUUUUACAUCAAUCUCUUUUGAUCAGAAUCCUUUAAUAUUGCAAACAAAUGGACAUUCUACAUUAAAUGGUGUCUUAGAAGUAUCCAAUAACAGUGAAUUGCCUAUCAGCUUGUUUGUACAAAAAAAUAGUAAAGAACAUACUGAUUUUACUAUUCAACCUAAUCAAUUCCAGUUGGCUAUUAAUGAAAAAAUCAAAAUUAAAAUUUCAUACUCUCCAAUUAAUUCAAUAAACUUUAUCAAUGAAACAAGUAUUUGCUUACAAGUUAUGUCUUCAAAAAAAAAGUUUACUGUUAAAAUUAACUGCAUUGAACCUAAAUCUGAAUUUGUACACAAAAGUUCGCUAUCUUCAAGACCUAUAUCUCCAUGGAGUUCAAGUUCAUCAAGUGCAGGUGGACAGUUGGAAUUAGAAUCUACAUGUUCGAGUCUUAUAUGGGGUAGUGUUCCAUCAAAUUCUAAAUCUGUACAAACUUUUAUUUUACGAAAUCGUGGAGCACAUAAGGAAAAACUUCUUUUAAAUAUUGAAGAUAACAAGAAUUGUUUUAAAUUGAUAUCUUCUGGUGAAAAUCAAGUAUCAGAAAUGAAAUUAUUAUUAGAACCUAUGGAAAGUCAAAAACUAAGUGUUGCUCUUAUAUCAACUUUAAAUGAAGGUCAGGCAUAUGGUCACAUAAUUUUACAACGUCAAAAUAGUAGUGAAAAGCGAGUAAUUUCAUUGUAUGGUUAUUGUGGUCAUUCAGUUAUUACAAUAAAUGGAAUAUUUGAAGACAAUUUGGGUAACAUGUGGAUAUAUCCAAAUCCUCAACUAAUGUCAGCUCAAUUUUCUGUAACAAAUUCUGGAAAUACUACUGCAUUUUUUAAAGUUUGCCAAGAAAAUUCAUCAGAAGACAUUAUUCAACCUGAUGAAUUUUUAUUAAAGAAAGGAGAAACAACUAUUAUUAAUGUUACAAUUGUUAUGAGUCCAGAAAGACUUGAAAUGUUAAUUGAAAAAGAUUCUAAUUUAAAAGUUAUUAACAUAAAUAAAUUAUCUUUAAUCUACGGAGAUGAAGUUUCACGUGAGCGCAUAUCAAGACUUUGGAAGAAAAUAAAACAUGAAAAAAAAAUUGUGUAUCCUGUUCAACAACGUUUAGAUGAGAUAUCAAAUUUGUUUGGUGGCUCUAGUUUUAUUAAAGUUGAUCAUCUUGCAGAUUCUGUGAAAUCUUUAUCCAAACUCUGGAAAAUGGGCAUAAGUGAAAAUAGUAUCGUUGUUUUAAUGGAAAAAAGUAAUUUAGAGUCAUUAUUAUGUGAUACAACUACCGUAUUUAGUGAACUGGAGACAACUGUUUUUGGACGAACAAAAUAAAAAAUCCACCCGAUCGUACUGGGUACACGAUAUUAAUAAAAAUAGGUCAACAUUGGGAGAAUCCUAUCGUCUAGUUCAAGAACUGCGGAACGAUCCAAGAUAAUUUCAUAUGUAUUUCUGAAUGACGAAAGAAGAAUUUGAUUAUAUACACAUUAUUAAAAAUAUAUAUUUUUCUUGAUUGACCAAAUUCGUGAUGACACGCGAGUCGAAAUGCGUG